ACCCUUGUCUGCUUCUCGAUUUUUGAAGUGUAAAUCUCUGCUUCUCCAAGUUUCUUACAUAUCUAAUCCAUCUAUCUCUUCCCAAAUCCUCUCGACAAGGUCACGAGAACGAAGCAUUCCGAUACCAAAAAUGAAGAUUAAGAACAAAGGUAAAGUUCACCCUUCUCCGUCGUCUUCUUCUUCCUCCGAUCACGCCGAUGUUCUCCGGCUUCUUCCCGCCGCUAUUCUCGCUCUCGCUUCCGUCCUCUCCGUCGAAGACCGUGAGGUCCUCGCUUACCUUAUUACCAGGUCCAUGGACGCUUCCAUUUUUCUGGAAUCUUCCAAGAAGAGGCCGUCGUCGUCGUCCUCCUCCUCCUCCAAGAAGAAACCCUUCCCUCACAGUCCUCCUCUCUUCCACUGUGGCUGCUUCGACUGCUACACCAGCUACUGGUUCCGCUGGGACUCUUCUCCCAACCGUGAGCUCAUCCACCAGGUCAUAGACGCCUUCGAGGGCCACCUGACCAACGGGGAAAAUGCCAAGAGAAAUGGCCAUAGAGGCCGGAAGAAAGAGAGAACGAGUCAUCCUCUCGCCAAUGUUCUUCCUCAGAACACAAUCUCCUUGCACGAGGGUCCCCCGGACGUCGCUGACAGCUCCGGAGUCGCUGAGUCUCAAGAUAGCGAAGCACCUUCGUCGAUUUCGCCCGGAGGAAUGGAUAAUGCUGAAAUGAGUGAGCGGCAGGAGACGGAGAAAGAGGCAGAUAAAGAAGCAUCGGCGGUUGAGGCGACGGAGACGGAAGAAGAAGAGGCGAGUCUGGCCUCUCCUCCGAUGCCGGCGAGUAACCACAGAGGUUUGGCGAGGAUGGUGUUGCCGGAUGUGAUGGGAAUAUUGAAUUCCCGUUUAUGGAACCUUUGGGGUCCGAAUGUUUAAUGCAAUUAUUUUAUUUUAUUUUUCUCGAGCCCAAAAAAGAAAUGAGAGAAAGAAAAUGGGGGGAAAAUAUUUUUAUGAUAUCAAUGGUAGGUUUGGUCUCUGUCACCCUGAAAUGCGAAGCCCUUAUUUCAAUAAAGGAGGAGGGUUUAGCUAAGCUGCGUGCUGUCUCACUGUUGAGUUGGUGGGCUUUUUAUUUUUAAUUAUUAUUAUUAUUAUUAUUAUUAUUA